ACCGGACCGAGCACCGGUCACCUGCUGCAGUGUCACAUCAUAACAUUAUCUCACCUUACUGCACUCUCUGCGUGGUUUUUAACUGCUUUUCUUUUCGGAAAUGGAGUUUUACAGUGGGAAAAGUACUAGGAUUAAACUGUGUGCUGAAGGACAAACGUGUUUUAUUUGUCGUUAUAAAGGACGCGAUUCAUUGUAGGUGGAGUCGGCAUUCCAUGAGGUAGGUUGUGGAUUCAGGGUAACUGGAUGCCGAGGAACAACUCUCUCUUUUGGCCCUCAGAGCUGGACAUUUCUCUGCAGGAUGUCUCAAAUUCUUCUCGCUCCCCUCCACUGGCUGAGUGGGAAGCUCCCACAUUCACCCGGGCAGCACAGUUUCGAGUUGGUGCCACACUGGUGCUCUUCCUGUUUGCAGCAGUCAGUAACCUGGCACUUCUCAUCAGCGUGUGCCGUGGACGUGGACGGCGCCUGGCAUCUCACCUGCGGCCCCUCAUUACAAGCCUGGCUGCAGCAGAUCUGAUGAUGACAUUCAUCGUGAUGCCACUGGACAUGGUGUGGAACGUGACGGUGCAGUGGCAUGGUGGUGACAGUCUUUGCAAGUUGCUUAGCUUCCUUAAGUUGUUUGCCAUGCAGUCCUCUGCAUUCAUCCUGGUGGUGAUCAGUCUGGAUCGACAUCACGCUAUCCUGCACCCUCUCGACACCAUAAACGCACACCGGCGCAACAAGAGAAUGCUGAUGUUGGCAUGGAGCCUCAGCUUGCUGCUCGCCUCACCACAGUUGUUCAUCUUCAGAGCAAUCAAAGCUGAAAAAGUUGAUUUCACUCAAUGUGUGACACACGGGAGUUUCCGUGAGCGAUGGCAGGAGACAGUUUACAACAUGUUCCACUUUGUCACUCUCUACGUCAUCCCACUGCUAGUCAUGAGCUGCUGUUACACACGCAUCCUCGUCGAGAUCAACAGACAGGAGCGCAAAAAUAAAGCGGGGGAGUCAUGUCUCCGGCGCAGCAGAACAGAUAUGAUCCCUAAAGCAAGAAUGAAGACUCUGAAGAUGACCAUAAUCAUCGUCCUGUCAUUCAUAGUCUGCUGGACUCCAUAUUACCUGUUGGGGAUCUGGUACUGGUUCCAACCAGAGAUGCUGAAGGUCACUCCUGAGUAUGUCCACCACCUGCUCUUUGUCUUUGGUAACCUGAACACCUGCUGUGACCCAGUAAUCUACGGCCUGUACACUCCGUCUUUCCGUGCUGACCUUGCACGCUGCUGGGGCUGCCGCUCAACCGGCGAAUCUCCUCGCUCUUUGGAACGACUCUCUGCCCGACAGGGACCUCACAGCGCAGAGCAGGAGUCUGAUCCUGCCAGUGUGAAAGGGGCUGAGGGGUAACCUGCGAGGAACCCUUCCAAAUCGCUCCACAUACCCUCAAGCAGUGCAAGCGCUGAAAUAGCUAAAAUGUGCAUUAAGGGUGGAUUACAAGGGAAGCAGUGUUUUUUCAGAAAUAUAAUGUAAUGUAGUGUAAUAAAAUGCCCUUGUAAAAAAUGUUAAGGUCAGAACAGAAAUACAGUUAUCUGCAUGCACUGCAGCAAGUACAUCAGCAUUAUAGCUGAUUUCUGUGAUGCUGCCAGCUCCACAGUUGGUACUUUAAACUUUAGCAAUAGCUGACAUUUUACACCAGCAGUGAGUGACAUUUUGUGCUGCAAGUCUGAGUCUCUGUGCAACUUUUUAACGAACAAAUCUUACAUCAUUUCAUAUUUGCAUAAUUAAGUUUAAUAACCUUGCACAGCCUGUACAGAGACCACAGAGACUGAUUUACAGGGAUAAAAAAAAAGUGUUUAAAGCCAGAACAGACUGUAGCUCCUUUUGAAAGUGAAAAGGAAUCUGAUUUCACAUUGGGCCACAUUAAAAACUGGCUUAGCACAGAAUUAAACAGAGAUUUUGUACUAGAAAAACUGCAUGGUCUUCAGAGAGUCAAUAAGUAUGCUUAUUAAUGUGAGUUGUGUGUUUGGCAUCAGAAUCAAUGUAUAUAGUGUGAGAUGCACAGAGAGAGAGGUUGUUAAAUCUCAGUAUGUGUUAAAUCUUUGAGAAAGUUAUAUAUCACUGUCUCAUCAGCAAUAGAAUCAAGGGUCAAGGAUAAUCAACAGAAUGGUGUUCACUGUAGGUUAUUGUAAUGGGCUCUGGUCACUACUCUACAGAGGCUCACUGCCUGUGUGGAGCACAAUAAGGACCACAGGACAAUAAUCUGAGGAAGAAGUGUUGUAUACACACACACACAUAGUUUCCCCCUAUCUCAGUCUAUUAUGGAAUAUUGACCAAUACAUGUGGUAGUUUAAGUAAGAAAGAACAACUACAAUAUUUACAAUAUGAUAUUACAAAAUAAAAGACGAGAUUAGCCAAAGAAGUACGCACUGGUAACCAGACCGGCAUUUCCUCCACCAAAAAUGAUUUAUUUUAAUUUUUUCGAACACAUAAAUAGUUAGUAAUGUAAAAAGACAGGACAAAUAUAAAAUAAAACAUCAACAUGUAAUGAAGAUUAAUAGGGCCAAGCUUUAAUCUACAUUAACUUUACGCCUAAUGUGCUUUUUAUCUUCACAGUUGCUCGCAGGGAGCUCAAGUUCAUCAGCCAGUGAUUAGCAGUUUAAAUUAGCGUCUUCAUCAGUGUUGAACUGUAAUGGUGAAAAAGGCAGAGAAUAUUCUUUUGGUAUUUCUGCAAGAAUGUUGUCCCUGUGAACAUCUUAGAGAAAGGAGUUUUUCCCCUGCCACACUGAGGGUGGUGUGGUGAUGCAGUGUCUGUUCUCCAAAAAUGUUUUUGUACUUUCCAAACAAAUUACAUCCAUUGUCAUUUUCAUUUGUUCAGGAUUAAUGCUUAGAGGCAGGAGCGAAACAAACUAUACACCUAAUCUAAACUGUUGUGGUUAUGUCCCAUCAUCUACAGUAUUGUAGAGGUUCCUGAUAUAUGGAAUUAAUGCACACUUGGCAGCCAUUCAUUUAAGAACCAAUGAUGUGAGUUUAUACAAGAUAUUAUGCCAGUGACUAUAGAAACAACAGGAUUUAAUGGUGAGAGUGGAACAAUAAAGCAUUACACAUGAGAAUGCAGUAAAAUCCUCUGCAUUAGUUUACCUCCUACAGUCAGUAAUGAGAGAGCUGCUGAUACAGCACAACCUGCUUACAUCUCACAAACAAUACAAUUUGUAUGUACACCCAUGCAUACAUGUACAUAAUACACACAAGAUAUCAGCAAUUUAUAAUUACAGGAAUGUUCUGGAAAAGCCUUAUAAUCCUGUGUGAAAAUGACUGAAUUAAUGAAAGUCAUUUUCAGGCUUGAGUCUUAAUGGAAUUUUCCCUUUUGCUCAGAUGGUCAAAGCAGGGAUUGUGUCAGGAUUAAUUCCUACUGUGAGCUAACACAAGUAACAAAUGAUCCUGUACAGAAUACAUGAAGGAAGUCAGGGAAUCUCUACAGCAUAUCAGAACCUUUUCAAGAUGGAGAUAUCACCAGACAGUAUAUGCCACAUUCUGCCAUGAGCUCACACAAGCACACUGACGCUCACACACACUAUAGAACACACAGGGUCUGUCUCUCUAGAAAGGUCCCCAGGGUCCUGCUAGCUGCCAUGGCAACACUUGAAGUCCAUGUAGCUGGUGUGAUGAAGAUUUCUUGAUGAUGUGGCCAAAAGAAAAGCAAUUACUGUGCGUCAUCUCUUGUUUUUGAAUCUAAACUUCUAUCCUGAUCAGAUGUGAUUUUGCAUUUUGUUGCCUGACCACUUGGAAAGAAUACAAUAGUCUGAACUCAAUGCAUCUAUUACACAUACUGUAUAAUGCUGUUUUAAAUCAAACUGCCAUUCAUCAAAGUUGAGCCUUCAUGGCCAUGCUUCUGUUUGUCAGUACUCAUGUCUGGUUUCAGUGAGCGUAACAAUUGAACAAAAUGCAAAGCUUUGUUUAUGCAGAAGAGGCUGUUAAUGCUUUUAGUGAUCAUCUUCUCCAUGAAAUAGUAUGAGCAUCAGCUCAGAAAGAAGCAGUUUCACUUGUCUUUAAUGAAACGUGUUAAGCCCUGGUGAUAGGAAAGAACUAGCAAGUGGUUGGGAAUUAGCAAAUGACCUUUAUGAGAAAAUGGGCUGAAAAAUCUCCUGGUACAUUACCAAGUCCAAGCUGCCCUGCAUCCUAAUAAGGUUUGCAGGGUCUUUGGAGGAAAAUAAAAUAACACAACAUCAAAGAUCCUCCUCCAUAAUUAACAGUGGGAAUUAGAUCAAAUUUCUUUAUAACCAUCCUUCUCUUCUCAGACAAAAGCCUUCCUUAGUGCUUGUUGCCAAAAAGCUGAAUGAUUCAUUUCACAGACUCACAUUUGGGUGUGUUGUGUAAUGUAUAAAUAAGGGCCAGGAGCAUCAAAGGUCACUAUUCUUUUUGACAGUUACAUGAGUCAAAUAUAUAGUUCAUAUCAUUCCAUGUGCUCAAAUCGACACUCAUUCCCACACAACUUUGAUGAAUAAGGACCUCUGUGAGUAGAAGCUAAGGCUGAGACUGAGUUUGGUUCCUUCAUGCUGAUCAUGUUCCUAGAUCAUACAUUAUUCAGCAAUCCAUAUAAAUCUGAACCAACAGGGAUUCUUAGGCUAAAUAUAAACCACUAUGUGUGCAAAUGGAUGUGCCUUGCAUAACUUUGCAUUGAAAAAAAAAAUUAAUUCAAACUUUAUUACCUGUUCAUUCUCAAUGAAAAUCUGCCUUUGGGUUCUUUAUGCUGCAUUACCGGAGUGAGAGUAUGAUCAAGGAAUUUUCUUCAGUUCCAGUACUCUAAGUGCAGUCAAUAUAUAAUUAGAGGAAAGCAACCCAGAGGCUAUCUGGAGAAGCUGCAUUAGGCCUUUUGGCUAUUUAAACAUAUUAUUGGCAUGAAGAGGACAUUGUAAAUCCUCAUCUAUCGUUUUCCUUCUGGUAUUUCUGGUGCUUUAUCUUUGAUAGAUUUAUUGAUUGAUUUGCAAAGCAGGUAGCCAAGCCAGAACAUUCAAAGAAGAUGCUUUCCUCAUGUCUGAAACUGAUGCUUACACUUCCCAGUCUCAGUAUAGCUGUAAUACUUUUUCAGCAGGGAAUGUGAUCCUGUAUAGUAAUUAACUUGUAAUUUAGCCUCAUACUCUAUUAAGAACACACACUGACAAAGAUUCUACCCUAACCAUAAGACCAUCCUUCUAAUUCUGUUUCCUAUAAGGAAUUCUGAUAUAUGUACAUUAGACAGAGAAGCUUACUGAACUUAUGGAAAUAAUUACAUUUGGCUUUUGGACUAUUCUGCAUGAAUUCUUUAACACACUGAUUAGAGUGAAUCUCUGUUGUUGAUAGGGACUGGCACACAGAUGGUGGUUCUGUGACAAUUAUUCCUGUAUUCCUGACCUUUAUGUCUUAACAUGUAAAACAGUGCAAGUACUGACAGGGUGUUUCCUUAUAUCUGCACAAGAAGUAGACUGAUACUGAACCAUACCUAGGCUUACACAGGACUUUGUGAUGCCUAAUACAAUGAGUGGUGAGUUUGCUUUUCAUGCAGAGUAACAUUUUGUACUUUUUAUUGAGAUUGUGAAGAUGUAAAGUGUUUGUAUAGCUAAUAAAAGUAUGCAUUGCUGAUGGAUUUUCUUGUCAGAUAAUGUCACUAUCAUGUUUUAUGGUCUGAUCUAUGGACCUCUAAAGUAGAUUAGUUUGGCAUAAUUAAAAAGACAAAUUGAUUUCUAAGUUUGGUGUACAGUGUAUCUGGACAGUCCUACCUUGGACCAAUUUUGGUAUGUGCUAAUCACCUGCUGUUUUGGAGACGCUCUGACCCAGUUGUCUAGCCAUCACUAUUUGGCUCAUGUCAAAGUCACUCAGAUCCUUACAGUUGCCUCUUUUUCCUACAUGAUUAACAAUUCAUAUUAACUAUCUAGCCAGUAAAAAUUCAACAACCCUGUAUGUUUGUCUUUCAUACUGAAAAUGAACCUCCUUCAGACACACUGCACUCCACCACAUGGUCUGAUUUAAAGUCUUUUUUUUUUACCUACACUUCUAAACCAUAAAAAGGUACACCUUCUAGAGUAGUGAAAUUAAUUCAGAGACAUUUGUAAAUGGUGGGCUUUGCUAAGAUUUGUGAGUAACACAGUACCAUUCGGCAUUGUUUAUACAAUAUUAUUGAUAAUUAAAUUCUAUAUGGUGAAAAUAAAUUCACAUCCAGAAGUCAG